CGUUUCCGCCCUCGGCCAGCCCCACCUCUGCCGGCGCGCCCUCGGCUUCCCCACCGCGCCGAGGAGCGAGCCCGGGAGCCCCACUCUGGCGGGCGCCGGGCAGGAGCCCCCCCACACCAGCUGUCGCCGGACGCCUUGAUGUCGGAGCAGAGCAGGGUUCCAAGUCUGUGGAAGACAUAACCUUGUGCCUGCCUGCCCACCCUACUCUCAGGAUCUGAGACACUGACCUUCACUGCUCAGCUCAGGGCUCCAAGGACUACUUUCUCCAGACCUGUCCAGCUGAGGCAACCCAGGGUGCUGUUAGAGCUGAGGGGAGUGAGGAGUGGGCGGUCACAGCACCAGAGCAGGAGCCCUCCAGGGCCUCAGGCAGAGGAGUGAAACUGGAACCAUCAGGGAACAUGAGUGAAUUUUGGCACAAACUGGGCUGCUGUGUGGUAGAGAAACCCCAGCCGAAGAAGAAGAGGAGACGGAUUGACCGGACCAUGAUUGGGGAACCAAUGAAUUUUGUCCACCUGACUCACAUUGGCUCUGGGGAGAUGGGGGCCGGAGAUGGACUUGCCAUGACAGGUGCCGUUCAGGAGCAGAUGAGAUCCAAGGGAAACCGAGACAGGCCGUGGAGCAAUUCUAGGGGCUUGUAGCUCCAGCAGGAACGGUUCUACUGUGUGUCCAGCCUCCACCCUGUCCAGCCCAGAAGAGAUGCUGCCCCCACCAGAUGCCCUCCUAGAAUCAGUGACCCCAGGGCCCCUCUUUUCCCUGACUAAUAGUGCCUCACAAGGCGUGGGGGCUGGACUCCCUCCCCUCCCUCUGGCCGUAGCCCCUCCUGGAGAUGGGGUCAAGGCAGCAGGACUGACCAGGUGACUACUGGUUGGCCAGAGGAGCUCAGCUGGGGCCUCGACACUCUCAGAUCUGAGAUAGGAGUUUUCUGGGAACCUGGAAUGGGUUCCUUUCUCCUGAAUGAUGGUCUAGGUGCCAUAUGUUUUUAAACUCUUAACCUGAAACUCCUUAAAUGUGGUGGGUGAGUGAGAUUAUGGAAGCUGAAGCCGGCUUUGCUGAGAAGCUCCCUCCCUCCCUGCCCUUUCCUCCUGGAAUGAACUGAAGCAGACGUCAGCCAGGGGCUGGGCGGGUGACCACUAGCUAGUCUACUCUCUCUCUCUAGAUCUCUGACUUACAGUCCCUCAGUAGCUCUCUGCCAAUACAGGGUCUUUUUCUAGGUAGGCCUCUAACCCUGUUUCUGUAGCAUAGCUAGCUCCCUAAGAGCUUUCCUUUUUUUUACAAAAAAAUACUUUUUUAAAUUCGACUUCUCUUAAUUACCCCCAUCCUGCUACUACCUCUUCCUUAAUCCUGUCCCUGUUAGGAACCUUACUGUUUCCCACUGGAUAAGAGUUAAGCUAAGAGGUGGAUCUUAACCUGAAGACAUUCCAUGUAAGUUUUGGGGAUCUGGCCUACCCUCUGCCAACCUCCUUGCUGGCCUAAGUGAGAGCAGGAAGAGGGAUCUGGAGAGAAACCCAGAACGCAGCCAAACUAGGAGGUAUGUCUCAGGGUGUACUAUUGAUCACUGAGGAUGGGAGGGCUGGUGAGAUAAACGGGUUGACAACAAUCAUUGAGUGAGCUUAAGAUCCUUACAGCAUGGGAGCAGAAAGACCUCUAGAGCAAGGUUGCUUAACCUAGGCACUUUUGACAUUUUGGGCUGGAUAAUUCUUGGUAGUGAGGGACUAUGCUGUGCAUUAUAGGAUGUUUAGCAGCAUCCCUGGCCCACCCUAGUUAUAACAACCAAAAAUGUCCCCAGACAUGGCCAAAUGUCUCCAAGGCGGCAAAAUCACCCCCAGGGGAGAGCCACUGCUCUAGAGUCAAGGUAUGUUUCUCUUGAGUGAUUUCCACUUACUCAUCCUAAGCCUGAGCCACGGAUGAACUAGGGUUCCUUGUAAAGUAGGCUCAGGGGGCCGCACAUAAUCUCCAAACUUCUUUAUUCCGUGUGCUGCCUGUGCUUGCGUGGGUUCAUGUCUCUACGAUGGACAUGUACUGUGCUCCAUUCUUAAUGCUCUCUGGAGGAGGGGUUCCUGCAGGGUGGAGGCCUGGACAGGAUAUCGUGGGAUUAUGGAACAGAAGGAGAGAAAAGCAGUAGAGUUGCAGAUACCCCAGCUUAUCCUCCCCAAAUUUUAAGCUCUGUAUCUGUGCCGUAGUCCUAGAAUCAGACACAAAUAAGACUCAGGGAGUUUUGUCUGAAGACCAGGUCCCACUCUCCACCUGGCUGAGGAGUCUGCUUUAGGUGGGAAAAUAAUGUAGGAGCAGGGUCAUUAGGCACUUUCAGUUUUCUCAGGUGUUUUUUGUUCUGACCCCUUCCUUGCAGGGUGACUGAGGGGCAGAACAGGACAGAUGAGCUUCUGCCUGCUCCAUGAGAAGGUGGUCUCAUUAGCUUGGUAACAGGAAGCAUCCUGUCUGAUGGUAGUGGGGGUCAGGAAUGUGGGAAUUAGGAUCCACUCUGCUGAUUCCACUAUCCAUCCAGUUCACCCCCUCCUGUAGUGACUGAGGCGCUCAUCUUUUGGAACCUCCGUGUAUUUCCUGCAGGUUUUUAGUGUCUAAGCUUGGUCAUAGAAAUACAUUCCCAAUUUAUUCAGUUCCAGUCUAGCUAAUUGCUCUGAAGGUAGCUCACCUUGUUGCCCUAAAUUCUCUCAAAAGCCUGAGGGUUACACUAGAUCUAAAGGGUUAACAGGAUAGGGUAGACAGGUGGGGGCCUCCUGGAAUCUGGUCAUCCUGAUCUUGAGCCUUAUUCUGAUGCCUGCUCUUUGGACACAAUCUUCUUUUCUUUGGUGCUCUCUCACCUUCAGCUGCCUUCUCUAAUGUGUAUGCUGCCAUCACUUUAACAGUAUUUAGAGUGAUGGGAAUGGGUUUGAGAGUCAUAAUUUAUAUUAAAAAUUGUUGGACUUUUAAAUACAUUUUCAAAUAAAAAAUGUUUAAGCAAAA